AAUGAAGUGGUUGGGCUGUGAAUCCGACAUCUUUCUCUAAUGCUAUUGAUUUUGCCAUUCCUAUGCAGCUACAAAGACAAAAACCCCUUUUCCUCCUUUUUCUUUCUUAAUUAAGCUUUCCCCUUUCCAAUAAUUCACCAUUAGUUGCACCUACAAAUUAUGUGCUCUUGAAAUGAAGUCAUUUCCCCUUCAACAAGAAAUUUGAGAUAUUUAUAUUUAACUUUCUUUGUCAUUAUUCCCACUUGUUGAAUUCCACUAGGCUUAUUAGUUUCGAGGUGAUUUCAGUCCUUAAUUAACCAUCAAUUGCAUCGAUCAAUGGCGGCAAUUAGCAACAUCGGUUUACGAUUUCCAGGGAAUUUAAUCGAUCCAAAGAAGGAGAAUGUGGCCACAACAGGGGGAGUUUUUAGGGUUAGUUUUUACACACCUCGCAAUACUAACAUGUCUAAUGUUAAACGAAGAUUUUUAUCUGUGACCGCAAGUUAUCGUGAUAGUCCUCAAAAAAUAGACACCGCGAAUAGAGUGAAUGUAAACGGAAUUCAUGUGGCUGUGGCUCCUCCACAAGGAGGCAAGUUGGCAAAUGAAAGAGCAGAAGAUGAAGCUAUUGUUACCAGCUUACGUGGAAGGUUUGUGGAGGCUAAGUUUGUGUUUAGGCAAAUUUUUGUUAUCAGAUCUUAUGAAAUUGGACCAGAUAAAACUGCCACAAUGGAGACACUCAUGAAUUUUCUUCAGGAAACUGCUUUAAAUCAUGUGACCAGCUCCGGGAUUGGUGGAGACGGAUUUGGAGCAACCCGAGAGAUGAGUAUUCGGAAACUCAUUUGGGUUGUUACUCGAAUUCAAGUUCAAGUGCAAAGAUAUAACAAAUGGGGAGACGAAAUUGAAGUUGAUACUUGGGUCGAUGCAGCAGGAAAGAAUGGAAUGAGAAGAGAUUGGAUAAUCAGAGAUCACUACACCAAAGAGAUCAUAACAAGAGCAACAAGCACAUGGGUGAUCAUGAAUAGACAAACAAGAAGACUAUCCAAGAUACCAGAAGAAGUUAGACAAGAGCUUGUUCCUUUUUACCUUAAUAGGCUUGCUGUUCCUAUUGAAGAAGCAGAUUGUGAAAAGAUAGACAAGCUCACUGAUGAGACUGCUGAGAGAAUCCGAUCUGGAUUGGCCCCUAGGUGGAAUGACAUGGAUGCUAACCAGCAUGUCAACAAUGUGAAAUACAUUGGAUGGAUUUUAGAGAGCGUGCCAAUUGAAGUGUUAGAAGAUUAUAACAUGACGAGCAUGACUUUGGAGUAUCGACGUGAAUGUACACAAUCAAAUUUGUUGGAAUCCAUGACAUGUCCAACAGCAAGAGUUAUUGAGUCCAAUAAUAAUUCCAAGAACAGAAAACCUGAUCUGGAAUACACACACUUGCUUCGUCUGCAACAAGAUAAAGCAGAAAUUGUCCGAGCCAGAACUGAAUGGAAUUUUAAGCAAAAGCAACAGUGUUUGGAGAACCUUUCACCAUCUGACAAGGGGGUUUUCUAAGCUUCAAGAAAAGGAGUAGAUGAUCAACCAAAAAGCACUAGUCCUCAAUUCAACAAUCAAAGAAGAUAUAUACAUCUUCAAUUUUCUUAUAAGUAUUCAAUUUUUCAGUGUUUGGCAUGACA